AGUCUCACUUGUGCCGGCAGGGAGGGUAGGUCGCCGCCGCGCGUGGUUCCCUUGUUCUUAGAUCCAAAUAGAGAAUCGUGAAGUGAUGGUGAAUACAAAUAUCUAGAAAAAUAGUUAUGCCGAGAUAGGAAGUGUUGUAAGGGAGGUAAUUGUGAUCCAUGAGAAAAGGAAUUAGAUGAAAAGAAAACAGAAAACUUCAGCGAAAAUGUGAUCGUAUCGUAGGUUCAAUAUCUACCUCCCGGCACUGACUCGGCCUCCUCGUCAACUUCUCAUCAGCGCCUCGCGUGCCCAGCCCGCUUGCCUCGCCAGCAGUCCUUGUGUGUCUGUAAGUCUGCGGCACUGAAACAUGGGCAAGGAAGAGCACGGGAGAAACAUUUGUGUCUUCCUUUUCCUAGUUUUCUUUUGGCUUAUCACCGCAGAGGAGGACUUUCUCUUCAAGAAGAAAAAGUACGUGGUAGAGGAGGUUCAAGCGGUGUUCGGGGAAGCGGCUCGUCUCCCUUGCAACAUGACAGUCAGCUCGGGCGACACAGUCUACCUCGUUUUGUGGUUCAAGGAGGAACUCGCCACACCCAUUUAUAGUUACGAUGUGCGGGAACUCUUAAGGGGACAGCCGAAGCACUGGUGGGACGCAGAUCUUCUAGGGUCCAGAGCCUUCUUCAACGCCGGCUCAUCCCCACACCUACUGCUUCAAGGCCUGACAGAAGCCGACGCGGGCCUCUAUAAAUGUCGAGUGGACUUCCAAAGGGAGCCCACGAGAAAUACCCGCAUUAAUCUCACUGUGGUUGUGCCUCCGCGCAGGCUGGUGCUGAUCGAGGAGAGUGGCGCAGAGGUCCGCACUUACGUGGGUCCCAUCAAUGAGGCAGACGACCUCCACCUGUCCUGUGUUACUCAUGGGGGUCGUCCUGCACCGUCUGUUGUGUGGCUCAUGGAUAACAAGGUGAUAGAUGACGUCGUGGAGAGUCGUGAAGGUGACUUGACGCGCAACGACCUCACUAUCCGCGGGGUGACGAGGUCCAUGCUGCGAGCACAACUCACCUGCCAGGCUGCCAACAACCAGGUGUCACAGCCGCUCUCCCUCACCGCCACCAUAGACAUGAACCUUCGACCGCUGGACGUGACGAUACAUCACAUCCGGGAGCCACUGUCCGCUGGCCGUGCCUAUGAAGUGUUGUGUUCCUCUCGUGGGUCUCGCCCUCCUGCCGUCCUUACUUGGUGGUGGGGCUCCGCGAGAAUAUCUGCCACAGACGAUACUACUUCGCACGGCGGGAACGUGUCCACCUCUAUGGUCCGGCUUACCCCUAACGCCUCGGAUGACGGGCGUCUCCUAGCGUGCAGAGCGGAGAAUCGCAAUCUCCCCACGGCAGUUAUAGAGGAUACGUGGAAGCUAAGCGUGUACUACACCCCAACAGCGGAGGCGAUGCUCGGUGCGUCGCUCAAUCCACAGAACAUCAGAGAGGGAGACGAUGUGUACUUCGAGUGCCACGUUAAAGCCAAUCCACGGGCGUACAAAGUUGUCUGGAAACAUAAUGGUGUGAUAGUGCGGCAGGAGCGAGAGAAUGGGAUCUUGCUCACCAAUAGGAGUCUGGUGGUGCAGGAGGUAACAAGAAACCACGCGGGCCGUUACACCUGCCAAGCAAGCAACGUAGAGGGCGAUUCCACAUCCCCACCUGUAAUAUUAGCGGUGCAGUACGCUCCUCUCUGCCGCCCUGGCCAGGUGAGCGUGUACGGCGUGUCCAAGCUGGAGGACGCCCAUGUGACGUGCCAGGUGGACGCCGUGCCGCAGGUGACGCGUUUCUAUUGGACCUUCAACAACACUGUGGAAAGCCUCGAGGUGCCGCAGGAGAGAUUCACAGUGGGUUUGGGAGGUCGUAGUGUCGUUAUCUUCACGCCCACUUCAGACCUCGAGUACGGGACGCUCCUCUGUGCCGCGGAGAACAUGGUCGGAAGGCAAAAGGACCCCUGCGUGUUUCACAUCAUACCUGCCACCAAGCCUGAAGCGCCAACCAACUGUUCGCUGUACAACGUGUCAGCGAGCAGCCUGACGGUGGCUUGUAUGCCGGGGUUUGAUGGCGGCCUCAACCAAACGUUCGCCAUGGAGGUGUAUGGCACCAGUCCUCACUCUCUCAAAGCCAACAUCACUAACAACCACCCUCGGUUCAUGGUCACGGGCCUGGAUAACGAGUCUGAGUUCCAGCUGAUAGUGUACGCAGGGAAUUCUAAAGGACGUAGCAGCAUCACUCGCCUGGUGGCCAUCACUCACAAGCUACCGGUGAAGCAGCUAGAGACGCGGCUUAGUAAUAGCGGCAAUGACGCCUCGGGAGUGAUCCAGGACCCUCCAGGUGAUGGCAUGAAGCCUCUACUAGGCAUCCUGGGCGGCAUCCUGCUCAUCGUUGUGCUCAUCGCCAUCAUCAUCAUCAUCGUCAUAAAGGUGCAGUGCAGUGCUGAUGCGAGGCGACGCCAAGAACUGGGAGAAGGAAACGGGGAGGACGACAAAAGACACCGACAAGCGAAGUCUAAAAAGCACCAACCUCAUGAUUUCGAGAGGCACCAGCUCAGUGUGAGAAGCAGCAAGAAUGAAGAAGAGAUCCCCAAGGAGGUAGGUGGGGUGCCCAUGGAGACUGGCAGUGAGCGGUACACGGAGCACAGGCACCUGCACCUCCACCAACACCACGACGACCAGAGCCCCGAUGUGGUUGCCUGCAGCGGAGACUUUGAUGAUGUGAGUGUAAGUAUUCGGCCUGGAGGAGCGAUGUCCUUGAUCACGGAACACGUUCCUGCCUCACAACACAUGCAGCGCGCUUUGCCUUGCCACCACGCGCCGUCAUCUUUGGCCCAGCACACUCAGCAGCGGCAAAAACAGCAUCAAUCCCCAACGCCUUCACCGCUCAGCCAGCAGCAGCAGCAGCAGCAGCAUCAACAACAACAACAGCAGCAGCAACAACAACAACAACAACAACAGUCUCCUCUGCUGCUCCAGCAUUCUAAAGAUCCCUUACACUACUCUUUAGCGACCCCAGGUCAUGGCACCCAUGAAUUUCGCCACCCUCACCCUCAUAGACAGCCUCAUCUAACAGCUGCCAGAAUGUGUGACAACGCCGACAUGGAGGUUGUAGGCGACAGCGGGACACCUCCCGCCCCGGCACCCGCCGAGGAGCUCCCCGUUCCUCUUAUGUUCGUGGGAGAUGGGCAAGGGAAGCACACGGGGGCAUCUGGAAUGGCAUGUUUGGCCAGAAUACCUGAGGACCCCGAGAGUCCCAGCUCCAGACGAGAAAGUGCAGUGUAAAUCGGGCCCAAAUUAGCCAAGUAAUAACCAAUAACAAUUAAGGUAAAUUAUAUAAAGAUACUGAAACUAUUUUAUAUGCGAAUCUUGUCACUGUGUGACAGACGUGGAUUUUAUAUUUUAUAUGGAAUUUUUUUUCAAUAUACUAUAGACAAAACUGAUAUAUAACAAAAAAUUAUAGAGCUUAGUGAACAUUAGACGAACCAUUCCAAAAAUCAACAUUCAGUAGGUAGUUUCUGAUAGAUAACAUUUCCGUGUUCCCGCAUUUUACAUAGAAGGGAGACUAACUAUUGUCAAGGACUGGGAUGGCCUGUGCUGUACUUUGUUAUAUUAUA